AUGCGCCUCACACACCUCACCCCGCUGCUCCUCUCCUCUCUCGUCGCCAGCAUAGCUGUCCCGCCAUCACCAGCUUCCUCCUCCGAUGGCUCUAUCGCGCCAGUAACAGCAGCACCCUCUAUCCCAACCGCCACGCUCGCAGCACCAGCAGCACCAACAGACGGCCCUCUAGACGAGGUCGAUGAUCUAGAACUCCGCGCAAUCGUCACCGCCGCACCAGCCGCCCAACCCACGCCCGCUGCCGUCCCAGCCGGCGCAGCGGGUCCUGCACCCUUCAUCACCUCCUGGUGGGCUCCAACUGUCCUCCCCGACGGCGCCACUACCUGGGUCCAGCUGGUCUUCACCCAGACGUACAACGCCGUGCCCGAGCAGCUGCCGACGCCGAACAAGGGCGUUGUUGGCAUGGGGACGCUUACGGGGGAGGUCGGCGUUGUCAGGACGAGCGUGCCGAAGUAUAAGAACGGGGGAGGGAGGACGGAGAUGGGGUGGAGAGGUCCGGCUGUAGCUGCGGGAUUAGCUGUAAUAGGGGCGGUGGGAAUGGUUUGGUGA